CCCGCCUCUUGUCAUCUAUUCUGAAGAAUAGGAAAUCUUAUCAAGACAUAUACGAUUUCAUUUGCGGUAGCGAGCAAAGACAAUGUAAAUCACUACGUUUCAAAAGCGGCAAAGCGGUGAAUUUAAAAAUAUUUUUUAUUACUGUUACGCCAAUAAUUUUGUUUUAACCUAAACAAGUUUUAGAAUAUUAAUUUUAAAACACUAAGCUAUCUAACAGUAAAAUGGCGCAUCAAAGGAAACAUUCAAAACGUAAAACUAUUCAGUAUAGUGACCCAGGAAAAAUUUUGGAACUGGUAAUGAAUCUUAACGACGAAACUUGUGCGCAGUCACAAACGAAAAUAAAUGCAUACUUAGCAGAAGAAUGCGAAGCAGAUCUAGUGUUCAUGGUAGUGGUGAACAUCGAACGGAUGGAAGCGUCUAUUGACGCAGUGGGAACAACAGAGCUGUCGCGCAAACGCAAAAUAUUUAUGACAACGAAGCUGGUAGAGGCAGUAAAAUCUUUUGCCGAGGUCGUAGAACCAUUCAACGCUUUUGCACAAGAUUUUCAAGAAGUGGUUGCCCCGUUUUUGCCGGCGGACAGACAAAAAAUACGGGUAACUAUGUACCCGAUACAAGAUCAGCCAUUCUCCGUGAUAGCGUGCUUGGUGAUGCCCAAGGUCCAGGAGGAGCACGUCACCGUUUACAUUCACGAGUGUUUCACAUUCAUUUGGCCCACCUUGAAGAAAUCCAUCCUCUUGGACUAUGAAACGUCGUUGAAAACCAAAUGUCAACAGCUAUUGCGCGUGACGAGACGAUUGUUCACUCAAGUAGCAUCUUUGGACACGCUGCUGGACAUAACGAUGGAACAAGCGAAGCAGCUGACGAAGGCGGAGCACUGCUGGGUAAUGCUGGUCGACGCGGAGAAAAUGCAGCUGGUGGGCUCCAACGCAAAGUCUAAGGACAAUAAAAGGAAAGAGCUGAGAUUCCCCGUAAACAAAGGUAUUGCGGGUCAAGUGUUAUCUACAGGCCACCUAAUAAACGCGAAGUCUGCGAAAGAUCAUCCCGCUUUCGAUCCUGACAUAGAUUCAAGACCAGGACUGGACUGCAAAACGGUUCUCUGCUUUCCCAUCCGUGAGCAAACGGGCAUAAUAGGCGUCGGUAUGCUGAUCAACAAGAUUGGUGAUCCCUAUUUCGAUGGAAUGGACGAGGAGAUGGCUCUAGCGUUCAGUAUUUAUUGCGGGGUGUCCAUAAUACACUCCAUGGUCUACCAGAAGAUACAAGAGGCUCACAUAAGGAACACGCUAGCCAACGAGCUGGUCAUGUAUCACAUGAAGGUAGGAGACUCGGAAGUGGAUCGCAUUCUGGAUUGUACCGGAUACCACAACCACCCACACUUGGCUAGUUUGCAUUUUAACCCGCGCGCAUUACCGCUAAGGGAGCUGCCGUGCUACGUCCUCAAAAUGUUUAAGGACCUCAAGUUUGACAGAAAAUUCAGCAUCUCUGACCAAAAGCUGACGCGUUUUAUUUUAUACGUGAAGAAAGGCUACAGAGAUGUGCCCUACCACAGUUGGAUACAUGCCUUUAAUGUUGCUCAAUGGGCUUAUGCUGCGAUGGUGAACUUCAGGCUCGUCACUGACGGAUAUCUGAAUGAUUUGCAAGCGUUGAUGUAUCUAGUGGCGGCUCUUGUGCACGAUUUAGAUCAUCGCGGCACUACGAACAGUUUCCACAUUCAAGGGCAAACCACCCUAGCAGCGUUAUACUCCAGCGAGGGUAGUGUGAUGGAACGGCAUCAUCUCGCUCAAGCAAUAUGCAUCAUCAACACUGAAGGAUGUGACAUUCUGGAAAUGCUACCAAGGAAAGACUACGAUAGAGCACUCAUGCUGCUCAGAGAUUAUAUCCUGGCUACGGAUUUGGCCAAUUAUUUCAAGAACCUAAACGAGUACAAGAUUAUCGCAAUGGACUUCCAGAAGGGUAACCGAUUGCACACGACUGCGUUGCAAGCUUUAUUGAUGAACGCGGCUGAUCUCAGCGAUCAGCUCAAGGAUUGGGGCAGCGUUAAGCAUACCGGUGCGGCAGUUUUGACGGAGUUCUUCAAGCAAGGCGACGUGGAGAAGAGCCGCGGCGACUUACCACCAGUUAUAAUGGACCGCGACAAGUGCUUCAUACCAGAACUGGAGAUACAGUUCCUGACUACCACUUGUGUGCCGCUGUUUGAAACACUCGGCAGAAUGCUACCAAAAGCAGCACCGUCCAUUAAAAUAAUAGAAAACCACAUCGAGAGGUGGGAUGCAGCGAAACCAAUUUUUGCUGAGGUGCCAAUAACGGCGGGUCUGUCCGUUCUACUGAGUCCGGAGCUAGACAACUUGAUCGAGCUGAACUUCAAAGAGAGGGAGCGACUGCGACUGGAGGCCGAGGCCGUUGCGGCCGAAGCUAACGACAACGAAGAAAAUAAUUAACAACUCUUUUUAUUUAACAAAGUUCACAAUAUUGUGUAGUCGAUAACUGAAAAAGCAAGCGCACAUUGAGUCAUUAAUAGUGGCGGCCACUAACGGCUUAGUGGCAGCCACUCGAUUUCUCUCGAUUCGAUUGGCGGCUGCGUCUAGUGGCUUGACUGAGCCACUAGUAGUCGCGUUUAGUGGCUCAAUGCGCUUGCUCAUAUUUGUUGAGCCGCUUGAAAGUUUUGUAAUGAGGGUUUUUGGAAUGAAGUGCACCAGGCGGCAGUACUGAGACGAAAGCUCUACUCAUUCGUCAAAUCACAUGUCUUCAUAUUUAUGGACCAUUUUAAAUACUGCUAAUGGACUAUAGUUAGUCACCUAAUACUGUCUGUCUUCUUUAUAGCAAAAGUACCAGCAACAGAGGCCCAAGUAUAAGUUUUGACAUCUCCUUAAUCGUAUAGCAUUGUCAAAUUGUUUCUAUGAGAACUAAGCAGCGCCUCUAACAGACGUAAGAACAAACUGGCUCCUUCCAUACAAAACUUGACGAUGCCGAUACGAUUACGGAACUAUCAACAUUCGUGUUUGGGCUUCUGUUUUAGACCAGAACCCCUAGCACGAACCAUUAUAGAAUUCGAAUAGUUUGCGAAUGCUAAAUGACAAUGUCAAAUUUUGUAUGGAAAAAUGAACAGCAGCACCGCAAACUACGUAACGAGACCUUAAAAUCAGUAUACAUUUGACAAAGACAUUUCGGACUCGCCAACGUUAUGAAUUCGAUAUUGGUUUGUGCUAAGGGUACAGAUUUAACUUUAUUCAACGUUUUAUAAUAAGGCAGCUAGUGAUUUUAUGAUCUGGGACUUCAUUUCAUGUACUUUUGUUGAUGCUAUUUAAAAUUAUAAGUGUAUUUUACCAUGAUUUUGUUUUCAUUUAGGAAGAUUUUUCCGUAUCAUUAUUUAUAGAAUAUUAUAUAUAAAUAAAAAGAGUAUC